GAUAGAAUGCGAUCAUUCCGUCUCUCUCAUACAUUAGUGUACUUUUCAUUCUCCUUUUAAAGCAUUGAUUUUUAACUGCUCCAGCUGAGAGGAUGGUGACAAAAACUAAAGAAAAUAAUAUUCACAGACGGAUACAAAACCACCAGUCGUAGACUACCAUCUCACUUUUUAAAGUGAAGGUUUUGGGGAUUUAAAAAAUCUGAAGCAGGUCGUUGGAACUGAAGCGGAGUUUUUUUUUCUAUUUGGAGUUAGCCGAUAUUACUUCACUGUCAGAAAAAUAUCACAGCUGUUUGUGUAGGCUACCAGUCAGUUGGUUGAUUAUAGCUCAUGUUUUCUUAAUGUAAAACAUCUUUCCUGUUUGAAAACACAAAACCAUCUGCAACCGGAUUGUUGGACCCGGUUGCCGAAGACGAUGUGACGUCUGCGAAGCCUUUUCUAUUUUCGAUUCUAAAACAUUAUUUCCUGCCAUAAUGAUAUAGCUACUACCAAUAGGGAAAAGAUGCCAUGUGGCCCCGAGGAUUAUUUUAGUUGAAUUAAAGAUGUUUAUCGAUGCUUUUUUAUUUUUGCCUUGACUUGUAAAGAAGACCUGCCCUUCCCAUCGAUUCGAGAAUAACCAAGGACUGCAAACGAGUGAGAGUGCAAGAACAACGUAGCCUAUAAAAUCCCCUUUUGGGUAGGCUGUUCUGACAUUAAAACAUGUUGACCCAGGGAAAGAGAAAACGCACCGUGGAAGACUUCAACCAGUUCUGCACUUUCGUAUUGGCUUAUGCUGGCUACAUUCCGUACCCCAAUGAGGAAUGGCAAUGUAAUGACAGUGUGCCAAGGGACAGUAGCACAUGCAGCCCACACCACAGUGAAGACUGGGCUUCUUUCUCAUCCCCACAGUCGUACUAUGCCCCCACCCCAUCCAAGAGGGUUGCUGGAGCUAAGCUGGGCGCGAAAUUGGGAAAGAGAAUCAAUAAAGAGAAGGGGAAGAGGAGGAAAGACGAAAAGAGUAGUGCGUUGGAUGGAGAGAGAAAGCCCCAUAAGAGAGGCAGAGAUGCUGGAGGGAGCAAGAAGUCCUCCAGCGCGAAGGGGUCUGUUAAGAAAAGUGUUCCUCAGAAGCCCCGGUUUGAAAUGACAAAUGGAGCCUCUCUCUGCAGCAGCUUUAGUACAGCGGGAGCCAGCUCUGCGGUGGACUCUAAUCAUGGCUGCAAAGCCACGGCUCAGGCACGGCCCCUCCCAGAGGAUUCUGCAGACAUGUGCAGUGGGAUUUACAGACCAUCUGCGCUUAAGCAAGAGCCCCAGGAAUGCACUGCCUAUGUGGAUUGGGCCAAUGAGGAACGGGCCGCCCAGGCUGGUCCUGGUCGCCUAAAAGAUAUCUCCAUGGGCUAUCUCAGCAGCCCACAUGCGAGUCUAUCCUGUGAUGACAUCCCAGUGCAGCCCAACUGUGAUCACAGGGAGAGGAGAUCGAGUGUCAAUCAGGAAGUGAAGGCGGAGCCUAUUGACCUCACAUGUGCAGUGAGUUUGACUGGGCAGGUGCUGAAAGCAGAGGUCACUCCACAGGAAGAGGAGGAGCUACAGAGGCAGAUCCAGUGCAGUGAGGCGAAAGCAGAGGAGGGUGAGAGCGAAGGCAGACUAGUGGGGAAAGAGACGUGGGAGGAGGGCGAGAGCGAGGGCGGGGCCACGGACAUUCUGCGCCUGGUGAUGGAGCGGCGCCUGACGGGGCGCGUGCCUGACGACCAGGAGACGGGGUACCACACCGACUGGGCCAGCAGCACGCCCGAGCAGGGGGGCAGCGACACGGACCAGGACGCCCGUGCCACUGACGGCAACACCGCAGCCAGCUCCGCAUAUGGUACAGAAGAUACUUCUGCAGAAAACAGCAAGCUCGAAGAGGAGGAGGACUCCUGGGACCUGAUCACGUGCUUCUGCAUGAAGCCGUUUGCGGGGCGGCCCAUGAUCGAGUGCAGCGAGUGCGGCACCUGGGUGCACCUGUCCUGCGCCAAGAUCCGCCGCACCCACGUGCCCGACGUCUUCGUGUGCCAGCCCUGCCGCGACGCCAGGCAGAACAUCCGCCGGUCCAGCAGGGCACGCACCGUGUCCCGCAAGUGCUUCGGCGACUAGGACCGCCCAGUCACGGCGCAGGCCCCAGCCGACCGCCCAAUCACAGUGCAGGCCACAACCACCCGCCCAAUCACAGUGCAGGCCACAACAGACUGCCCAGUCACAGUGCAGGCCAGCCACAACUGACCGCCCAGUCAAAGUGCAGGCCACAAGCACCGUAACCAAUCAGAGAACUCAGUCAAAACUGUUCACUGAGUCGGAAAUGGAAUGGGAAAAAAGAGUCAGUCUGCAGUGCUGUAAAAGAGCUGGGGAGAGAUGAUCAAGGUGUGGCUGAGGUUUUGCUCACCUCCUUCUCUCCCUCUACACAGCCCUUCUACUCCUGUGCUCAUCAGAAUUCUCUCUCACCCACAUCACGUCUGCAGUGGAGAAGAGGAGGGCCUUUUUAUAUGAGGGGACAAUAGAGAGUGGAGUUAACAGCACAGGGAGAGGUUGUGUGGAUUUGAUUGAGGGUGGUUUCAUUAAAACUGUUUUUGAAUGUAUAUGUCCAAUAAAUUCAUAUAAUCACU